GACCGUUUUCCUUUUGCAGCUUCUCGUUCCUUUUCUCAUUUUAUUCCUUCGUUGUCUGUUACAGAUUCCGAAAGAGAGAGAGAUUCUCUAUCGUGAAUUUUCGUGUGUGAGAAAUCUUCCAUUAAUGCUCUCAUUGCAUUCCAACAAACACUUCUCGCACUCUAAAAUUUCAGUAAUUCCUCUUCUUCGUUCGUAAUUUCUCCCAUCCUUUCAUAUCUUCAGACAAUUCCAAGCUUUUAUGUCUUCAAUUUGAUCUUAAACGUAUCAGUCGAAUCUCAUCUGAAUUGGUUAUUCCUUUAACUUUUUGAUCGACUCCUACAAUUUUAUUACGGAAUGUGAGAUUGUGGGAUCGAGUCGGUUCUUUCAAGAACUUUUCUUUUUGAUACUUCUAUGCUUAUUAUCUGUUUGGAAUCUGUUCGUCUGCCUAUGGUAUCACUUUGUGUUCAUUGUGUGAGAGAGAAAUAGGGUUAUCUAUUAAAAAGCUUCAUUUUGCGAAGAACUCAAUUCUCUGAGCACGAAAGAAAGAAACCAACUCCAGUUUCUCAAAUUCUUGAAUUAGUGCUACUGUGUGAGAGAGAAAGAAAGAGAUUUUGAGAAAAUGGGGAAAGAAAACACUCGAUUCUCAGCAACGAUGCGACAAACAGAAGACAAGGAUAGUGAUGGAAUUUCUCAUAAACCCUCAAAGAAGCUUAAAAAGUUGACUUCUGUGAAUAAAAUCGAUGAAUCUAUUAAUAGCAAAAGAGUAAAGCUUCCGAAAAAGUUUUUCGAUGAAUGUUAUACGGUUAAUCACGCACCUAUUCCAAGAAAAUUGCGAUCAGCAAUCAAGCAACGUCACUACGACUCUCUUUCUCCUUCUUUUCCAAAUCCAAAAGACGGAAUUCUUAGACUCGAAUUGCCAUUAGAAAGUCAUAAUAAGAAGCUCAAAGUUAAUAAGGAUGAAAGACAACACUCAAUAAUUUCAGGGUCGAUUUCAGAACAAAUAACGAAAGAUGAAGAAGAAGCAAUUGCGGGUUUGCUUUUAUUGGCUGGAAAUAAUAAAAGAUUUGAAUUUAAUUUAAAAAAAGAAACUUCAAACUCUGAAGAAGAUUUGGUUGAAAAUGAUCUGGUGAUUGAAGAAUUCAAUAAAUCAACAAACACAGUUGAUGUUAAAAAGGAUUGUAAAGAUUUCAGGGAUGGAAAUGUGUCACGAAUGAUAUGCUCUCGUCAUGUUUAUAUAUGCCGAAUUAUCCAGAAACUGAAAGUUACAGAGGGUAAAACGGUAAAUUCACACGAAGAAUCGAAAUCCGAAACAAUCAAAGAAAGUUGCAUGAAAGCGGCAACUAAUCAGACAAGUUUUCUUGCUGCUAAAUCCAAUCAGGUAUCGGUGCCUCCGUAUUUUGGUAGCCCGCUUUACGACCCUUCACAAUGGCCGAGACCACCGAAACACCAAAUGUUGAACAAUCCGUUUAUGGCCGGAUCUUGCUAUCAAAAUUGGCAAAUAAGUGGACAUGAUAAUAAUGCAUUGGUAAGUGUAAUAGGAUCCAAGGAAAAUGGAGGUUUAUUUCUUGUUGAUAGCUCUCCGAUACUAAACUUAAGAUUCAAGGAACAUGGAAGUGAUAGGAAUUGGUUAAAUGACUUAUAGAUCAAUGAUAUAGAGUGUUGAAGGGGGUGUACAAAUGUAUAUAAAGGUUUUUGAUUCAAGUUCAAUAUUGUUAUAGAGCCAUGAGAUUUAUGUUCGAAAUGCAUGGACAAAUUUUUAAUGGAA